AAAGACGGCAACUCUGGAUCUGGACACCGCUGAGUGACGUGUAAACGCAGCCAAAAAACCUUUUCGCCUGUUUUUAAGCACGAUUUAACCGAGAUAAUGGGUUCGUUCCGCCGCGACAAAGACGAGGAGGAGGACGGACCGAGCAAUGCGUACCAGAACCUGGAGAAGACGUCGGUGCUGCAGGAGACGCGCACCUUCAACGAGACGCCGGUGAACGCGAGGAAGUGCAUCCACAUCCUGACCAAGAUCCUCUACCUGAUCAACCAGGGCGAGCAGCUGGUCGCCCGCGAGGCCACCGACUGCUUCUUCGCGAUGACGAAGCUGUUUCAAUCGAAGGAUGUGGUGUUGCGCCGCAUGGUUUACCUGGGAAUCAAGGAGCUGAGCUCGAUUGCCGAGGAUGUGAUCAUUGUGACCAGCUCGCUGACCAAGGACAUGACUGGCAAGGAGGAUCUCUACCGGGCCGCCGCCAUCCGCGCCCUGUGCAGCAUCACGGAUAACACGAUGCUGCAGGCGGUGGAGCGCUACAUGAAGCAGUGCAUCGUGGACAAGAAUGCAGCGGUUUCUUGUGCUGCCUUGGUAAGCUCUUUAAGAUUGGCCAGCACAGCAGGGGAUGUGGUCAAGCGUUGGGCCAACGAGGCCCAGGAGGCCCUGAAUAGCGACAAUAUCAUGGUUCAAUACCAUGCUUUGGGUUUGCUCUACCACAUCCGCAAGUCGGACAGGCUGGCGGUGUCCAAACUGGUCAACAAGCUGACCAGGGGCUCUUUAAAGAGUCCCUAUGCCGUUUGCAUGCUGAUCCGCAUUGCCUGCAAACUCAUCGAGGAGGAGGACAUCCCCUCCGAGGAGCUCUCCGACUCGCCCUUGUUCACUUUUAUCGAGUCCUGUCUGCGCCACAAGAGCGAAAUGGUCAUCUAUGAGGCGGCCCAUGCCAUUGUCAACCUGAAGAACACCAAUCCGAGGAUGCUCUCGCCGGCCUUCUCCAUCCUCCAGCUGUUCUGCAGCUCGCCGAAGGCCACGCUGCGCUUUGCCGCCGUGCGCACGCUCAACAAGGUGGCCAUGACGCAUCCGGCGGCGGUGACCACCUGCAAUCUGGACCUCGAGGGCCUCAUCACGGACUCCAAUCGCUCGGUGGCCACGCUGGCCAUCACCACGCUGCUGAAAACAGGGGCAGAGUCUUCUGUAGAGCGCCUAAUGAAGCAGAUAUCCACUUUUGUGGCCGAAAUCUCGGACGAAUUCAAGGUGGUGGUGGUGCAGGCCAUCUGCGCCCUGUGCACCAAGUAUCCGCGCAAGCACACGGUGCUGAUGAACUUCUUGAGCGGCAUGCUGCGCGAGGAGGGCGGCCUGGAGUACAAGACCUCCAUAGUUGAUACUAUUAUCACGAUCAUUGAGGAGAAUGCGGAUGCCAAGGAGUCGGGGCUGUCGCAUUUGUGCGAGUUCAUCGAGGACUGCGAGCAUGUUUCGUUGGCCGUCAGGAUUCUCCAUCUGCUGGGCAAGGAGGGUCCCUUUGCGGCCACGCCCUCCAAGUACAUACGCUUCAUCUACAACCGCGUGAUCCUCGAGAGCCCCAUUGUGCGGGCGGCUGCUGUGACGGCGAUGGCCCAGUUUGGGGCCUCUUGUCCGGCUCUUCUGGGCAACAUACUCGUCCUGCUGGGCCGCUGCCAAAUGGAUCCGGACGACGAGGUGCGCGACAGGGCCACCUACUACCUGAGCAUCCUGAAUUCGGAGCGGCCGGAGCUGUACAAGAACUACAUCAUCGAGCGGGAGAACUGCUCGCUGGCGCUGCUGGAGAAAUCCCUGGUGGAUCAUUUGAGUGGCGACCUGGAGACGCGAUUUGACCUUUCCAUUGUGCCCAAGGCGGCCGUUGUAAAGCCGGUGAUCCCAAGCGAUGUGAUGCUGGUCACCAACAGCAGUGCCCCACGGCCGCCGAAGAUCACGCGCGAGGAGGAGAGCGCCGCCCGUUUGGCCCAGCUGCCGGGCAUCCAAGUCCUGGGUCCCAUCCAUCGCAGCACCGCGCCCAUCCAGCUGACCGAAAGCGAGACCGAGUACACGGUGCAGUGCAUCAAGCACAUCUUUGGCCAGCACGUGGUCUUCCAGUUCGACUGCCUGAACACGCUGUCCGAUCAGUUUUUGGAGAAUGUGCGCGUGGAGCUCACGCUGCCCGAGGGAUUCACCACUAGGGCGGUUAUCCCAUGCCCCAAGUUGCCCUACAACGAUCUGCAGACCACCUUCGUCAUCGUGGAGUUCCCCGGCGAGGCAGCCAGUUCCAUAGCCACCUUUGGCGCUACCCUGCGCUUCGUGGUCAAGGACUGCGAUCCCAACACCGGCGAGCCGGACUCGGAUGAGGGCUACGACGACGAGUACAUGCUGGAGGAUCUGGAGAUCACGGUGGCCGAUCAGAUACAGCGGACCAAGAAGAACAAUUUCCAAGUGGCCUGGGAUGCGGCCGAUAGCGAAGAAUGGCUGCAAGCGGAGGACACGUUUGUUCUCUCAGCGGUGACCACCCUGCAGGAUGCGGUCAAUACCAUUGUGAAAAUACUGGGACUGGGCGCAGCAAAUCUCUCUGAAAAGGUGCCCGAGGGCACGCACCUGCAUACGCUGCUCUGUUCUGGAACUUUCAGGGGCGGCGCCGAGGUGCUGGUCCGGGCCAAGCUGGCACUUUCCGAGGGCGUUACGCUGAAUUUGACCGUGCGAAGCACUGAUCAGGAAGUGGCGGAGCUCAUUACGGCGGCCAUCGGAUAAGACAGCGAGCCAUGCAGGAAUCUCGUUUGGUUCCUGCGUGCCGUCAACAUAAUCUAAAGCCCAACUACGAAACAGAACGCUACACUUAAUCAAAAAUAUAAUUUGUACCUUUAAGUGACUGUCUCUGUAAUAAUCUUAGAACCCUGCCCAUUUCCAAAAAACGUAUGUGGCCCCAACAAUGCAUCCUGCGAGAUGAAUUGUAUAUGUUUAUUAUGCCCCGUUUAGCCUGUGCAUUUAGCUUAAGUAUGGAAACAAAAGAAUAUUAAAUACCUGUAUGUAUAUGCAAUGCAACCCGA